GCAGCGUCCCGCCGCAAUGAACGCGAGCGCCUCAUCUCUCAACGAGUCCCAGGUGGUGGCAGUGGCUGCCGAGGGAGCAGUGGCGGCGGCGGCCACAGCGGCAGGAGCGCAGGAUACCAGUGAAUGGGGGCCCCCUGCCGCGGCUGCAGCGCUGGGGGGCGGGAGCGGGACUAAUGCGUCCCUGGAGCUGUCUUCGCAGUUGCCCUCAGGGCCGCAGGGGCUGCUGCUGUCGGCGGUGAAUCCGUGGGACGUGCUAUUAUGCGUGUCUGGUACUGUGAUUGCAGGCGAAAAUGCACUGGUUGUGGCGCUCAUAGCGUCCACCCCGGCACUGCGCACGCCCAUGUUCGUGCUGGUAGGCAGCUUGGCCACCGCCGAUCUGUUGGCGGGUUGUGGUCUCAUCCUACACUUCGUAUUCCAGUACGUGGUGCCCUCGGAAACCGUGAGUCUGCUCACUGUGGGCUUCCUCGUGGCCUCCUUCGCUGCCUCGGUCAGUAGCCUGUUGGCCAUCACGGUGGACCGCUACCUGUCUCUCUACAACGCGCUCACCUAUUACUCGCGCCGGACCCUGUUGGGUGUGCAUCUCCUGCUCGCCGCCACCUGGACGGUGUCCCUAGGGCUUGGGCUUCUUCCGGUGCUCGGCUGGAACUGCCUGGGCGAGCGAGCAGCUUGUAGCGUGGUGAGUCCGCUGACACGAAGCCACGUGGCGCUGCUCUCCGCUGCCUUCUUUGCAGUCUUCGGCAUAAUGCUGCACCUGUAUGUGCGCAUCUGCCAGGUGGUCUGGCGCCACGCGCACCAGAUCGCGCUGCAGCAGCACUGCCUGGCACCGCCCCACCUUGCGGCCACCAGAAAAGGCGUCGGGACGCUAGCCGUGGUGUUGGGAACUUUCGGCGCUAGCUGGUUGCCUUUCGCCAUCUAUUGCGUGGUGGGCAGCCAAGAGGACCCUGCUGUCUACACCUAUGCCACCCUGCUGCCCGCCACCUACAAUUCCAUGAUCAAUCCUAUCAUCUAUGCCUUCCGUAACCAGGAGAUUCAACGCGCUCUGUGGCUCCUGUUCUGUGGCUGUUUCCAGUCCAAAGUGCCCUUCCGCUCCAGGUCCCCCAGUGAGGUUUGAAGACUCACUUCUUUCCCUCACCAAUGCCACACCCCCAACAAGUCAACUUUUGGUGAGCUUCUAGGUGCCUGUUUUGAAAUCUGCAAUUAUGAAUAGUGUGAAUGUGACUUUGGAAAAAGAAUAAAUAUAAAUGCAACAAACUCACAAAGACAAAGAGGCUUGUUGACACUUUACAUAUACAGUGUAUACAUGUGUACAUAUAUAUACAAAUAUUUGUAUCUUCUGGAGGUGUUCAGGAUUUGAAAGUUCCUGUUCUGUGAAAAAAAUUUAACAAAGAUGUGGUUGUAUACUCAAAUUGUACAUCACAUUUGUCAAGUGAAGAAUUUCCAAUACUGCUUAAUUAUAGCACUUUAUUUCUAGCUGCUGAAACUGCCAAAACAGUGUUGCCAUUUUCAAGGUCAGGGGGAAGGGAGUGAAAGGGGUAAUUUUUGUUGUAUGUGGUAGAAUAUUUUGCUGCACAUGCAUCAGUAAAUUACAACAUAUUUUGUACUCAAAUAAACACAUUAUAAAAAU